AUGCCUCGCUCCACCCUCGUCGUCGCGAGUGCAGUCCUCGCACUCCUAUCUCCCCUCGCCCAGGCCAAGAUCAAGAGCGAAAUACGCACGUACCUCUUCACCAGCGACGACUGCAAUGGACCAACUAUCGGUGGCAACGAGGACCUCAAGCCCAACAAGUGUCACGACAUUGUCAGCGGCGCCAACAGCAUGAGGCCUUCCACGAACAAGCACCAGGACUGGCUCAACCAGAUCAACCUCGGACAGCAAGAGUGCUGGGUCGCCACAUACAAGCAUCACGGCUGCUCAGGCUACCCAUCAAUUGCCGAAGAACUUCCCGGGGCCAUCGAUCAGUGCUUGUCACCAGACGAACAGUUUCUCUCCAUGAUGUUUAGAUGUCGAGACGUGAAGUCAGAGAACGUUACGACUACCGUCGUGGUGGUACCAACCGCCGUUAUCGGAACUCCGCAACUGAUCAGCACCACCACUGUAUAUCCAGAAACGAUCACCGUCACCGUACUUCCACAACCGAUCACAACUUCCACCGUGAUCACCGAGGUUGGAAUUGCUGGCUAUCUCACGACAUGGAUGCACGCUGGCAGCUCUUUUACCAACUACGUCUCGACUAUCUUCACAACUUCUACCAAGACUUCCAUGCAGACUCUGUACCCUAAGGCGAGCACCAUCACCACAUACCUGCCGCAUAUCGUGACGCCUUGGGUGACUAUCACCCCGCUAGAGACCUCCACCGUGCUUCUUAGCACUCCGACUCCGACUCAUACCGUCACCGCCUAUGUCGAAGACAGCCACUACCCGCGCGAGCGUCGCUCCGACCCUCAGCCCGAAGCCCAUGCUCUGGAGCCACGCCGCAGGAGCAAGUGGAAGGGCCCUCGGAUUGGUGUAUGGAUGAAGCACCCUUGGUCUCAGGCGGUCAUUUGCUACGAAUGCUACGCCAAGGCUCAUGACAAUCUGUGGAAGUUCGAGUGCCGCUCUGGACCGAACAACCCCGUCUCAUGCGAGGGCCCGGUACCUGAUCCCAACGAAACCGUCACCGUCACACAUACUCCAGAUGUCACGGUAACCCAGGGUGCAGCGAUCACCAGCGUGUCAGUCGUUACAGUAACCGCUGGGCAUGCGAUUACAACGGUCAUCGGCGGCAACCCAAUUCAGCCAAUGCAGACCAUUACGCUCGGCCAGAAGGAAGCCGAUCUAGAACGCCGCUCAUUCCACAGGGCCGUCAGAUUCACCCACCCGUGGUAUCCUGGCACAGAGAUGUGCGCAGAUGCUGAAUGGGAGGAGCGUGGAUCGAAGGGGUCAGAAGUCCGAAUCCAAAAACCCAAGGAAGACAUGAAGAAGCGCACUCCGAAGCAGCAAGUGCAGUACAUCGACGCCACUCCAGAGACGAAGACUGUCGUACUCCCUUACUCUACUGUCUCUGUGAUCUUCAGCACCUCCACGGUUUAUCCUCCCGCUAUCGUCACCGUAGCUCCUCCGUCUAUCGUCACCGUCGCUCCUCCGUCCGUCGUCACGGUCAUUGGCUCUCAACCCGUGGUUACUAUCACCACCAUCUCGGCUCCUGCCAUGGUCACAGUCACUCAUAAGUUCCCUCCUGCAGCCGUCACCACAACCAUAAUCGCCGCCCCCGAGCCACCUUGCACCACCGAACCCUACUCCAUAAAAACCGUCUACGUCGACCCUGAGCCACCCUGCACCACCACCCCCGUACCUGUUUCCAUCACAACCACAACCGUCUUCGUUGACCCCGAGCCACCUUGCGAUACGGUCACCGUCGCCCCCGAGCCACCCUGCGACACGGUCACUGUCGUCGGAAGAUCUGCGCCCACGCCCUACACCACCUUCUACUCAAAGCGCCAGCAGCUGCGCGAUCUCUGA